GUAUUCCCGACCUUGUCUGUCCGAAGAGCUCGUUCGUCACACGCGGGUUUUGCAUCGUAUGAUCGAGUGUUGAGAUUGAACGUCCAACGAAUAUACACAACGGUCGUUUUAAUCUAUCAAUCCGGUUCUUUUUUCCACGUCGACCGCGUCCCGUCGGAACAACGUGUUGACACGCGUAUCGCAUUAUCUUGCGUGUUUCGCGUUAUUCGCGAGUGUGUGAUCGAACAGUGCGAGUUUAUCCGCGAUUGUAUAUAUCGAGGAGUAUUAGGAAUCGUCGCAACGGAUCAACUCCCUGUAGAGAGAAUCCUACUGGUCUACGAUAAUCGGAAUGAAAAUAUGGUUCGAUGAGCAGACCACCACCACAAAUAUUGAGAAAAAAGAGAGAGCCACAGUGAGGGAUCAACAAUAGAGUAGCGAAUAUGUUUCAGAAAGAUGGUUACGUCAUUUUGGAAGAUUUAUUUCAAACGGAAGAAAUCGAAGAAUUGAGAGCUUGCGGAGAAGAAUUUACAAAUAAGUUGCCACCCGAGUCAGAACGAAAAGUAUUCAAUACGAUACAAUUACAACAGAAUAAGGAUAAGUAUUUUUUGGAUAGCGCUAAUAAAAUAAGUUUUUUUUUCGAGUCUGAAGCUCUGGAAGAAGACGGAAAAUUGAAGGUUCAUCCAAGAGUGUCGUUAAACAAAAUAGGUCAUGCUCUUCAUUGGUUACACCCUACAUUCAGAAAGUACACGUUUGAUGAAAGAAUCAAAGAAGUUGUUUUUCAUUUAAGCUUUGAGGAACCGGUGGUAUGUCAAUCGAUGUACAUUUACAAAAAUCCUGGAAUAGGCUCGGAGGUUACGAUGCAUCAGGACGCAUCAUAUUUAUAUGUUGAGCCAAUGAAACUCUUGGGUUUUUGGAUUGCAUUGGAAGAUGCAACAUUAGAGAACGGAUGUCUAUGGAUCGCUCCGGGUUCACAUCAAAGUGGAGUACAUAGACGUUAUAUGAGAAACAAAGAUUCAAAUUCUCAAGAAUUACUAAUUUUUGACAGACCAGCGCCCUGCUAUCAAUUAAGUAAUUUCAGACCAGUACCAGUACGCAAAGGAACUUGCAUUCUUCUUCAUGGUCAAGUGGUUCAUUUUUCUUAUCCAAAUAAGAGUGAAACAUCGAGACAUGCUUACACUUUUCAUGUGAUUGAGACGAAAAAUGUAUCGUAUUCGAAGGAAAACUGGCUUCAACCCCCUGCUGAAGGAUUCGCGAGUCUUUAUAAAAAUUAAAUAUAUUAAUUGUGCUAAGGAAUAUUGUUCAUUUUAUAUUUAUUGCACAAUCGUAUUACAUUUCACAAUAUUUAUCGUCAUUCGUUCUCUGUAUAAAAAAUAAUAUUAACUUGUAUACAAUUCAGAAGAAAAAUAAAAUAAAUUUUUCAUAAUUUUUGUAAAGCCACAAAAAAAUACCAAAAAGCAUCAAUGAAAAACGUUAUAUGUACACACACACACACACACACACGUAUACACAUAUAAAAUAUUAUAUAAUA